AUGCAGAAUGAAGGGGUGAAGGAGCUAAGCUUGACUGAAAGAAGGAUUGCUUUGCUGGAACAGGAAAUAGUGGCCCGGAAUAAGGAGUUGGUCCAAGUGCGGGAGGAUUUGAAGCGAGAGCAAACGGUACACAGAGAUGAACGGCGUCUCUUGGAUAUACGCACGCAGGAACUGCAAGAUGCGCACACUUAUUUAACGAUAAACGACACACUAUCCGGUAACGAGCUCGUCGCGAAAGUUGAAUCUUUGAAUGCGGAGAUAUAUCAGGUGUCGGCAUACAUGGCAGAUUCCAUGUCGUUCAGGGAGAGAGUUGAUCCCGACUCCACUCCGGUGGAGGUGGUGCGCUGGCUUGGAAGCUACAUCGUUCAUCUGCUGUGUUCCCCAAUAAAUGACGAGACGCGCAUUCAGGUCGUCCAAAUCGUCACGCAAGCAUCGUUGGUUCAAUGCUGCGCAGACUUCAUCUCUAUGUGGCACAUCGAAAGACACACAGACAUGAAUCUCAGCCGUCUAUACGCUAAAAUCCAAGCAACGAAUACUCAAGUCGUCGCGGGCCGGUGGAGAGCAAUGACUCGAUCUGGAUCCAAGUAUGAAACCCUCUCCAACGUCAAGAAGGAAUGGACAAACACGAUCAUCAGGAAAUUGGCGAUUGUGUUAAUCUUCGCCAGAUGGACUGGCGUCGGUACAGAUCCGACCUGGGACGCAUGUACGACCUUUCUGGUAGGAAAAUAUGGGGCGAGGAUAGAAGAGGUCGUCCGUUUAGCCAUAGAUCUCGACAGAGGGAUGGGCGAAGGCAUUGUAUCAGAGGAUAUCAUGAUAUUCUCCGUCGGCAGAGGCAGUACGUUCGUGCCCGAUACGAUGCAAAGUUGCGAUGGAGAAUCCCCAGUACGCGACCCGGAUCACGUUCUCUGCACCUGCGAGCUAGGACUGAAGAUUUCGCAGUCGGUGGAAAAGGAUGGUCACUCGGCAGAGCGACUGGCCAUUCUUGAGAAGCCAAAGGUGGUCCUCUACUCGACAAUGUCAGAGAUGAUAUCCAGAAUAUGA